GGAAUUUGAUUGAUUCUGUUAAAAAUAAUAAGGAGAAAAACGAGUUAACUCGAGUUAAGGAGACCUCAAAGGAUUUAUCUAUUAACGAUGAUGCAGAACCAUCUAUCAAUUCUCAAAUUCGAGGAUAUGAAAAAAAUGACAAAGAAAAGAAGCGAGAACGGAAUCGAAAUUACUAUUCAAAAAAUAAAGAAAAGAUGCGUGAAUACAUUCGAAAUUACUACCAAAAAUCUAAAGAAAAAAUAAGAGAAAGUGCGCGUAAUUACUACAAAAAUAACAAAGAAAAGAGGCUAGAAUGGGAUCGAAAAUACCGUCUAAACAAUAAGGAAAAGAGACGAGAAACUAAUCGAAAUUACUAUCAAAAUAAUAAAGAAAAGGAGCGAGAACGGAAUCGAAAAUACCGAGAAAAGAUGAAAAAUAAAAAAGAAAACUUAAAAAAUGUUGAUCCACAAGUAGGGAAUGUUCAUUCUGAUAAUAAUGAAGGAAGUUCUUUUGUU